GGUUCUUAUUCUACAACCCCACGUCAAAAACAUCCAAGUCUAGACUUCGACCUUCUUCCAACGCCGAACAUAAUAACCAUAACCUCAAAAUGUCGCAACCAACUCUCACCGCAGACUACAAGUCCCCAGCGAGUGAACCGUUCAAAGUUGCCCACACCCUUCCCGCUAUCUCAUCUAUAGCCUCCACGGCCGACAACUCGUCAUACCUCAAGGCUCUGCGCGCCUCUGUCGCCGACACCCAAGACACUAUCAACCAAGAGCUCACAGCGCGAAUGGAGCAGGACAAGGCGAGGGAUGCCGCGGCUGAGGCUAAAGAGGAAGAGAACUAUGGCGAGGAGGUGCAAGAAGAGGAGGACUGAGGGAACCAACUCCUCGCGAACGACUGCAAACCCUUCAACGGCAAGAUGUGUUUGAAUAUGAAGGGUAUUUGAGAAAUAUCAUACUGGCUACCAUCGAUCCAAUCCAUGCAAAUGCUCCCCGAAACGAUGCUCCCAUCCAGCCUAAACGACCCGUCUAAAAUCCUCGACCCCAACUUGGCGCCUGGGAUGCGUCUACUUUGUUCCCUGUUGCCCGGUUCAAACAGCCGUAGUGCACCACUGUGUUAUCCGGCAGGACAGCUACAACGCUCCCACCAAUACGCAUACCUCCUCCGAGUUUCUUGUGGCACACGACGCAGUGUCGUUCGUCUGUGAUGGCAACGUGCCUGUUACGCCCGCCUUGCCCUCCCUGUACAUCGUCACCAAGGUGCAGCCGCGCCGCGAUAGAGAUGCCUUCAGCCUGUCGCAAACCAGCAACGAUCCUUGCCUCGUUGACCAGACUAUUUGCCGAUCGAAUGCGGCCUCGGAAGUAAGACUCCAGUGACCGAACGGGAAGGUCGUCUGGAAUGAGUCCUAGAGUUGAUGUCGCUGGGAGACGUGAUCCAUGCUUUGAAAGAAGGUCCAGUGCUGGUUCUAGAUUGGGCUGGUUGGGUGGUGACGGCUGAAGAUAGAGCGACAGAAGUGUAUGAUAAAUAGAUGGUGUAGAAGUCUCAGGAUCCUCUCCAGUUUCAUUCUUCUCAUUUGGCUGAGACGAUGGAGCAGUAUCUUGAGUCGAGUUGACUCGGUUACAGUAUCUACUAAAGUUAGCUUGUGAGCCGAUGGAACGACAGGUGAAUGACAUACUGUUCAGCUUUCUGGUAGUCCUUCAUCUUGAAUACAUAGAUCUCAAGGGCUUGUUUGUGUUGGUUCAUGUUGCU